GACGCCGAAUCCGGAAUACCCGGCUACAAAGUCGCCUCAAUCCCACGACUGCGAGUAAGACCUAGCUUGCUCCCUUCAUCGGUAAAAAUGGCCCUGCUGUGCAAACUACUAUACCACGAUCUCCGAUCCAUGGCAUGAAACAAGCUUGCACACCCAUUACCACUUCCUCCCCCACCAUCAGACAUAGGUUCCUAUUUAAAUUCGGCUCCGAGGACUGUUCCGGUCUCUCAAUGCCGACUAACUAGAUUUGCCCACCUCCAGCAUGCACUAAGUAUAAAAAGCCUUGAGCAACGCGCGGGAAACACAGUUGGUCACUGGAGAAGUGCCCUGUGGAUUCCUCCCCGCUGCGCGAAUCCACCGGGAUGUUCGCCAACACGUGAGUUCGCCAUGUGGGACCUCGGCGUGGGCGGAUACCCUCAUCGUCAUGUUUCCAAGGUGGGUUCUGCGCCACUGGUCGCUAUUUCGUUGGGCUGCGAGGCGCCCUUCAUCGCAGGGGUUGGGGAGGAGGAGGGGGUUAGGGUGAGGUGUGGGGACGUGGUCGUUAUGAGGGGCCAGGCCAGGUGGGAGUGGCGUUCUUCGCCUGCGUUUGCUUUUGGGACGUGCCCUGAACGGUUGCAGGAGUGGCUGAAGGAGAGGAGGGGCUGGAUAUGGGUAAAAGGGUUAAUUUUGUUGUGAGGCAAAUGUCCGAU